AUGUCUGAGAGUAAGGAACAAACAAGACAGCCUGGAAGCAAUGUUCCGUCAUGGUCGUCGAGACUGUAUCGACAAGUUGGCUUCUCAGCGAAAAAGACGUGGCAGGAUAGAGGUGACAUCAUUCGUCACUCCAAAGAGCUCCUCACUGUAGUUCAGUGUUCUCGCACUCGGCGCCAGGCUCAUGAUAUACAGGGUGCAGGACCCAAUGGACUCUCAUAUUCCCAACUGCCAACGGCCUCAAGCACACGGCUUCUUGAAGUCAAGCCUGGGAACCCUAGCGAGAUGCUGCAAUGCUCUCUCCAUACAGUUGACUUAGUGGACAACCCCAAAUAUCACGCGCUAUCAUACACUUGGGAAUUAGACCCACCAAGCUUCCCCUACGAGCUGAGAUACCUCUCUCAAAAAGUCCCAAACUUCUCAAAAGUUGUCUCUAGUGGUAUCGAUACGGUUAAUCACACUUUCAAUCGUUUCAUGGUUCGGUCACGUUCUCAACCAUCGGAUCCAGAUGCAAAACCAGUCGAGAACACGACCGACCGCGACAAGAUUCUCUGCGACGGCAAAGGUAUCUACGCCAAAUCUAACCUAUACCAAGCUCUUCUCCAGAUCAGAAAGGCCCGUCCAGGACUGUACUGGAUAGACGCGAUAUGUAUCGAUCAGUCUAACCUUACUGAGCUGGGCCAACAAGUCCAAAUGAUGAAUCGAAUCUACAGUUCAGCUUCCCAAGUCACGAUCUGGCUGGGUACUUGUCCCCACGUUUUCGCGCCAGGUGUCGCCAACCUCAUUGACAUGACCAAAUCCGGACUUCCCGAGAUUACCGAGGCUGCUGAGUCCAAAGACUUCUACUACACCAGAGUUGGAACAACAUCACUCUGGCAUUUAGUACUUUGCGUCUUCUUCAUCGUCACGCGCAAAUGGUUUAAGAGGCUUUGGGUUCUGCAAGAGUUAUGCCUCGCCAAAGAAGCCAUCUUCCUCUUGGGAGAUUACAAAUUCGAGGCUGAUGACAUUUCUGUUGCAUUCGGUUGGAUGAGAAGUAUUCUGGGUGCUUGGAAUACCAGUGGGCUGCAUAUGUUUGCACAGAUAUUGACGUGGGUUGGCGACAUGCCUGAUCAGGCUGUCUCGUUGCUCAAUUCGCGCCGCACGAUUUCUGAGGGUGACAAAGUUGGGCUGCAGGAAUGGUUCAGCCUGGUCAAGAACCGCGAGGCAAGAGAUCCGAGGGAUAUGGUGUACGGUGGACUCGCUUUGAUCAAGCCAGAGACGCUAUUGAUGAAUCCGAGCUUAAAACAAGGCUCCGACAGCUCAUCGCUGGAGCACGAUCAAACUACACAAGAUAGUAGACGUCAAUGGCUACCACUGCACGCAGACUACGCCAUAGAGUUCCCCUCGGUUCUUGAGAAGGUGGCGCUGUGUCUUUUGUCGGGUCCUGAGCCGAUGAACCUCCUUUCGCUCGCAACGCGAUAUCGCAGUCCAUUUUUCUACGACAUGACGAGAGACACAUGCAUCCACUACUCAGCUAUGAAGUAUGAUAAGUUGUCAGAGCUUGAACUCGAUGUGCCAUCUUGGUAUGCUGUCCCAUGGCUGGAGAACUCGCGGGGGAUGAAGCCUCUUAUCUGGCAAAACAGCGCACCACUCGAAAGCAUAUCCAAGAUGAUCAAUAGUCCAUUAGUAUCGGCUGAUGGUAAAGCGCUGUUUCUUGAAGCCGCACAAUUAGAUUUUAUCGAGUCCUGUGUGUUGUAUAAUUUCUUCGGCGAUCUGGCGCACGAUAUGGAGUCCAUGAUCACGCUGAGCUCCACGGAAAAUGAGCAAGCACAGGAAGCUGCGGCAUUGAAGGAUUCGUUCAACUACGCCCCGCCAUUUCAUCUACUAGAAGUGAUACUCGACAUGACUAAAAACGCAAAGUCGACGGGAAUGUCGCCUCUUGAGAUCUUCUGUGACCUUCUCACUGCUGGAACAUGGAGAGGCCAGGCCAGCAGCAAGAUGAUCGGGUUCUGCCAAUGGCUUGACGACUGGGUAAACAAUUACGUCAAAGAACAUGACAAAGAAAAAGCAAAAAUCACCGACAAGACUCUCAUCCUGAAAGAAUUCAUCGCGAAAAGGGGGCCCAUCAUGGCAAAGAUACAGGACGACUACACCAAACUACGUGCCGCAUAUCCCAAUGAACCGUGGUCACCCGAAGACCGCAAGGCUAUCUCGGAAGAACGCAAAACCCAAGCCUCUCACUUCGCAAGAACCCUGCAAAUAGCGCAGACGGUCCGAGCUCUGUUCAGGACCCAAAGCGGCAGACUCAUCCUUGCACCGGCCUGGGCUGAAAAAGGCGAUGUUGUGAUGGCGGUGAAAGGCGGCAAGGUUCCUUACGUCUUUACACCAAGGGAUGAGGACAUUAAGCGCAAGAUUGCGUUUAAAGAGAAGUAUAACGGUGGGAUAUCGAUGGAGGCGUUGAAGGUACGGGCGGGACAUAAGGAGGCGGAGAAAUGGGAUGCGGCAAGUCUGCGGGGUGAUAAUGGAGGUAAUGAGAGUUAUUUACUCACUGGUGAAGCAUAUUUGCAUGACUCGGAUUUGGAGGAGAUUCUGGGGAGGGAAUUGAAGUUUGGCAGAUUACAAAUCGUCUAA